AUGGUAGCAAAGGUUUUGAAUGCAUCAAAGAUUAAUAUGCAAGUGACGAUAAGAGCACAAUUUCUAUCAUCUGAUGUCACUUAUGCAGCUUACCUCAUAUGCAAACACGAAUAUUCUACUCAAAAUCCGGUUAUCAAAAGUCUAAAGUACAAACUAAACAACCAAAUCCAGUCGUAUAUUUCAUAUCAUGGAGAUUAUAAAAACAGAUGGGUGAUGAUGGAACUAUUUCAAGCCAAAGUUCUUUCUAGAAAUUUUGAAUUCAAACUUUUGCUAGAAGAAUUUGCUUCUGAUAGCUUCCAUGAUGAAGUUAUUGUCGAAGGCAUCGUGUUUUCGCCGGUACAAAAGUUUGAUGAUGAAAAUAUCGAAACACAAGAGAUGGAGAAUCCCACAACGACUGAGAUAGAAUGGGAGAAUAAAUUGUCGAGCGACUAUGAACAACUCAUACAUUGUUCUGGAAAACGUUUAGUGAAAAGGCCCUGGAAUAGUUUCAUCAUUGAAACCAAAGAGGAGGCGUACUCCAUUCUUUCAAAAGAAAUAUGGAAGAACGAAAAUGGUGGAGAAAAGUACAUCCGAGAAUCGGAAUGUAGUCUCCUUAAAAACCUGACAAUGGAUAAAAAACCAGAGUGGGAGAAAGACACUUUGAUGGCUGCACUUCAAAGAGAAAAAAGGAAGAACGAUGGUGGUAAAGAAGAAGGGCAUGCUUAG